UCCCGCCCCUCCUCCUGCUCAGGAAACUGGUUCAAACCAGUUUCAGUGAAAGUGAAACUUUACGGCUCCAUUUUGUGCAGAAAGGAAAAUAAAGCAGUUUGGGAGAGAAAGACGGGUUCCAGCUGUGACCUGUAGGAGACAUGAGCUCCAAAAUGAGCUCCUCUGGAGAAGAACACACAGAGAAAGACCAGAGUGUAAUUCACAGAGAGAGAUCAGCCUCACCUAAACCCAGCUGUGUGUCCAUGAAGAGUGAGGAGUCAAUGGAUCAUCCUUUACGCUUCAGAGAGGGAAAGAGUUCUCCUGCUGUGAGCGUGAUUCAAAGAGAGAGAUUGGACUCACCUGAGCCCAGCUGUGUGUCCAUGAAGAGUCACGAAUCAAUGGAUCAUCCAUUACGCUUCAGAGAGGGAGACAGUUCUCCUGCUGUGAGUGCUCCAAAGAAUAAAAAGGCGAACAUAAAUCACCUGGAGUCCAUUUUUAAGGAUCUGGAGCUCAAAAUGAUCUCUCUGGUGAAAAAAGAGCUGAAGAGGUUCAAGAAGCUGCUGAGUGCAGAUUACCCAGCAUGCUCUGAGAGAGAGGUGGAGGAUGAGGAGGAUCAGAGCAGUUCCAGAGAGGGGGUGCUGAAGAUCACACUGAACAUGCUGAGGAACAUGAAGCAGGCAGACCUCGCUAACACACUACAGAGCAAGCUGGACUCUGUGUAUCAGCAAAAACUGAAAUCCAAACUCACUGAGAAAUUUAAAAGAAUUAAUGAGGGAAUCUCACAGCAUGGAAUGCCAACCCUUCUGAAUGAAAUCUACACAGAUCUCUACAUCACAGAGGGAGGGAGUGGAGAGAUCAAUAAUGAACAUGAGGUCAGACAGAUUGAGACUGCUUCCAGGAGACCAGCAACAGAGGAGAAACCCAUCAAAUGCAAUGACCUCUUUAAAGACAAAUCCAUCAGAACUGUUCUGACUAAAGGAGUUGCUGGAAUUGGACAAACAGUCUCUGUGCAGAAGUUCAUUCUGGACUGGGCUGAAGGAAAAGCAAAUCAGGACAUCCUCUUCAUAUUUCCACUUCCUUUUAGGAAGCUGAACUUGAUGAAGAAGAAAAGGGUCAGUCUGAUGGAGCUUCUUCAUCAAUUUUUCCCACAAAUAAAACAACUAGAAUCAAUAGACUGUGAUGCCCAUAGAGUCAUGUUUAUAUUUGAUGGUCUGGAUGAGUGUCGACUUCCUCUAAACUUCCAGAACAAUGAGAGCUUGUGGGAUGAAACAGAGUCAGCCUCAGUGGACGUGCUACUGACAAACCUCAUCAAGGGGAAUCUGUUUCCCUCUGCUCUCCUCUGGAUAACCUCUCGACCAGCAGCAGCCAAUCAGAUCCCUCCUGAGUGUGUUGACCUGGUAACAGAGAUACAAGGGUUCAGUGACCCUCAGAAAGAGGAGUACUUCAGGAAGAGAAUCAGUGACCAGAGCCUGGCCAAUAAAAUCAUCUCACACAUGAAGUCCUCAAGAAGCCUCUACAUCAUGUGCCACAUCCCAGUCUUCUGUUGGAUUGCAGCCACUGUUCUAGAGAGAGUGUUGGGUGGAGCAGAGUGUGGAGAGAUCCCCAAGACUCUGACUCAAAUGUUCACUCACUUCCUGAUCUUUCAGAUCAAACACAAGGACCAAAAGUACCAUGGGAAAUGUGACACUGAUCUUCAGCAGACUAGAAAGAUGAUUCUGGCACUGGGAAAACUGGCUUUCCAACAGCUGGAAAAAGGCAACCUGAUCUUCUAUGAGGAAGACCUGAGAGAGUGUGGCAUUGAUGUCAGAGAAGUGUCAGUGUACUCAGGAGUUUGUACCCAGAUCUUCAGAGAGGAGUUUGGGCUGCACCUGGGGAAGGUGUUCAGCUUUGUGCACCUGAGUGUUCAGGAGUUUCUGGCUGCUUUAUAUGCAUUUCUCUCCUUUAACAGCAGAGAUGGAACAAAACAGUUGACCACUGAUCUCUCUGGUAUUUUCAGAGAGUCCAAAAUGUCAGACUUCCUCAAGUCUGCAGUGGACAAGGCCUUACAGAGUGAGAAUGGACACCUGGACCUUUUCCUCCGCUUCCUUCUGGGCCUCUCACUGGAGUCCAAUCAGACUCUCUUACGAGGUCUACUGACGCAGACAGGAAGCAGCUCUCACAGCACAGAGGAAACAGCCCAGUACAUCAAGCAGAAGAUCAGGGAGAAUCCCUCUCCAGAGAAAUCCAUCAAUCUGUUCCACUGUCUGAAUGAACUGAAUGAUCAUUCUCUACUGCAGGAAGUACGGAGAUACCUAAACAGUGAAUAUCACAGUCGCCUCAGUAAAGUCAGUCUCUCUCCUGCCCAGUGGUCAGCUCUGGUGUUUGUGUUGCUGAACUCAGAAAAGGAGCUGGAUGAGUUUGAUCUGGAUAAAUAUGACAGAUCUGAUGAAUGUGUUCUGAAUCUGCUGCCAGUGAUCAAAGCUUCCAGAAGAGCUGUGCUGCGUGAGUGUAAUCUCACAGAGAAAAGCUGUGCAGCUCUGUUCUCAGCUCUCAGCUCAAACUCAUCAAGUCUGAGAGAACUCAAGCUGAGCAAGAUUAAACUACAGGAUUCAGGAGUAGAGCUGCUCUCUAGUCUCUGCUGCUCUUUCUGGGAGAAUCCUCACUGUAAACUGGAGAAACUGGUGCUGUCUGACUGCAGUAUUACAGGACAAAGUUUUGCUGCUCUGGCUUCAGCUCUAAAAUCAAACCCCUCAUCUAACCUGAGAGAGCUGCGCCUGGACUCCAGUAGGCCAGGAGAGUCAGGAGUGAAGGAGCUCUCUGAUCUACUGGAGGAUCCACACUGUAAACUGGAGACACUACUAAUGAUGAAAUGGAAAAGAUCAGACUCACCUAAACCCAGCUGUGAGUCCAUGAAGACUGACCAGUCAAUGGGCCUUCCAUAUCACUUCAGAAAGAGAGACAGUUCUACUGCCAGGAGUGUGAGUCGGAGUGAAAGAUCAGACUCACCUAAACCCAGCUGUGUUUCCAUGAAGAGUGACACGUCAGUGGACCCUCCAAUCACCUUCAGAGAGAGAGACAGCCCUUCUGAGAGUGUCCAAACGGAGAAAUCAAAAAGGUCCAGCACAAAUCAACUAGACUCCAUUUUCAAGGAUUUGGAGCUCAAAGUGAUCUUUCUGGUGAAGAAAGAGCUGAAGAGGUUCAAGAAGCUGCUGAGUGCAGAUUACCCAGCAUGCUCUGAAAGAGAGGUGGAGGAUGAGGAGGAUCACAGCAGUUUUAAAGAGAGGGUGCUGAAGAUCACACUGAACCUCCUGAGGAACAUGAAGCAGAUAGACCUCGCUAACACACUACAGAGCAAGCUGUCCCCUGCCUAUCUGCAGAAGCUCAAAUCAAAACUGAUGAAGAAAUGUAAAAGAAUUAAUGAAGGAAUCUCACAGCAUGGAACCCUUCUGAAUGAAAUCUACACAGAGCUGUACAUCACAGAGGGAGGGAGUGGAGAGGUCAAUAAUGAACAUGAGGUCAGACAGAUAGAGACAGCAUCCAGGAGACCAGCAACAAAGGAGAAACCCAUCAAAUGCAAUGACCUCUUUAAAGACAAACCCAUCAGAACUGGGCUGACUAAAGGAGUUGCUGGAAUUGGAAAAACGAUCUCUGUGCAAAAGUUCAUUUUGGACUGGGCUGAAGGAAAAGCAAAUCAGGACAUCCACUUUAUAUUUCCACUUCCUUUUAGGGAGCUGAAUUUGAUGAAGGAGAAAAAGCUCAGUCUGAUGGAGCUUCUUCACCAAUUUUUCCCUGAAAUAAAAGAAUUAAGAUCAUUAGACUGUGAUGCUUACAAAGUCAUGUUCAUCUUUGAUGGUCUGGAUGAGUGUCGACUUCCUCUAGAUUUCCAGAACAAUGAGAGUUUGUGGGAUGUAACAGACUCAACCUCUAUGGAUGUGCUGCUGACAAAUCUCAUCAAGGGGAAUCUACUUCCCUCUGCUCUCCUCUGGAUAACCUCUCGACCAGCAGCAGCCAAUCAGAUCCCUCCUGAGUGUGUUGACCUGGUAACAGAGGUACGAGGGUUCAGUGACCCUCAGAAAGAGGAGUACUUCAGGAAGAGAAUCAGUGACCAGAGCCUGACCAAUAAAAUCAUCUCACACAUUAAGUCCUCAAGAAGCCUCUACAUCAUGUGCCACAUCCCAGUCUUCUGUUGGAUUGCAGCCACUGUUCUAGAGAGAGUGCUGGGUGAGGCAGAGAGUGGAGAGAUCCCCAAGACUCUGACUCAAAUGUUCACACACUUCCUGAUCUUUCAGAUCAAACACAAGGACCAAAAGUACCAUGGGAAAUGUGACACUGAUCCUCAGCAGACUAGAAAGAUGAUUCUAGCACUGGGAAAACUGGCUUUCCAACAGCUGGAAAAAGGAAAUCUGAUCUUCUAUGAGGAAGACCUGAGAGAGUGUGGCAUUGAUGUCAGAGAAGUGUCAGUGUAUUCAGGAGUUUGUACCCAGAUCUUCAGAGAGGAGUUUGGGCUGCACCUAGGGAAGGUGUUCAGCUUUGUGCACCUGAGUGUUCAGGAGUUUCUGGCUGCUUUAUAUGCAUUUCUCUCCUUCAUCAGUAAAGAAGGAGCAAAACAGCAGACCACUGAUCUCUCUGAUAUUUUCAAAAAAUCAACAAUGUCAGACUUCCUCAAGUCUGCAGUGGACAAGGCCUUACAGAGUGAAAAUGGACACCUGGACCUUUUUCUCCGCUUCCUUCUGGGCCUUUCACUGGAGUCCAAUCAGACUCUCUUACGAGGCCUACUGACACAGACAGGAAGCAGCUCUCACAGCACAGAGGAAACAGUCCAGUACAUCAAGCAGAAGAUCAGGGAGAAUCCCUCUCCAGAGAAAUCCAUCAAUCUGUUCCACUGUCUGAAUGAACUGAAUGAUCAUUCUUUAGUGCAGGAAGUACAAACAUACCUGAGAAGAGGAUAUACACUUAUUGAUGGAGUUGGUCAUCUCAGUGGAGUGAAUCUCUCUCCUGCCCAGUGGUCAGCUCUGGUGUUUGUGUUGCUGAACUCAGAAGAAGAGCUGGGUGAGUUUAACCUGCGUACAUAUCACCCAUCAGAGGAUGGACUUCUGAAGCUGCUGCCAGUGAUCAAAGCAUCCAGAAGAGCUGUGCUUAGUUGGUGUAGUGUCACAGAGAAAAGUUGUGCAGCUCUGUCCUCAGCUCUCAGCUCAAACUCCUCAAGUCUGAGAGAACUGGAUCUGAGUUAUAAUGAACUGCUGGAUUCAGGAGUGGAGCUGCUUUCUGCUGGAUUGGAGAAUCCACACUGUAAACUGAAGAUACUGAAGUUGUGUUACUGUAAUCUCACAGAGAAAAGCUGUGCAGCUCUCUCCUCAGCUCUCAGCUCAAACUCCUCAAGUCUGAGAGAACUGAACCUCAGUUACAACAAACUGCAGGAUUCAGGAGUGGAGCUGCUCUCUGCUGGACUGAAGAAUCCACACUGUAAACUGGAGAAACUGGUGCUGUGUAACUGUAAUCUCAUAGAGAAAAGCUGUGCAACUCUCUCCUCAGCUCUCACCUCAGACUCCUCAAGUCUGAGAGAACUGAAUCUGAGUGUCAAUGAACUACAGGAUUCAGGAGUGGAGCUGCUCUCUGCUGGACUGAAGAAUCCACAUUGUCAGUUGCAGAUACUGGUGCUGUGUAACUGUGAUCUCACAGAGAAAAGCUGUGCAGCUCUGUCCUCGGCUCUCAGCUCAAACUCCACCAGUCUGAGAAAACUGAACCUCAGCAACAAUAAUGUGCAGGAUUCAGGAGUUGAGCUGCUGUCUUCUGGACUGAAGAAUCCACUCUGUAAACUGGGGAUAUUGAGGCUGUGUAAAUGCAGUAUUACAGAUGAAGGCUGUGCUGCUCUGGCUUCAGCUCUAAAAUCAAACCCAUCCACUCACCUAAGAGAGCUGGACUUGAAGUACAAUAAACCAGGAGUGUCAGGAGUGAAGCUGCUCUCUGAUCUACUGGAGAAUCCACACUGUAAACUGAAGACACUACAGUGA